CACGAGGCGGCGCUGGCGGUUGCGCGCGAGACGGGCGACUGGCGGGCGGAAGGCGUGCACCGCGCGAACUUGGGCGGUGUGCUCUGCAGCCUCGGCUCGCACGCGCGGGCGGUGGACGAGCUCACCGCGGCGCUCGCCCUCAGCCGCGUGGUGGGCGACCAGGAGGGCGAGUGCGCGCGGCUCGGCAGCCUCGGGAUCGCCCACUCCUGCUUGGGCAAGAGCACGGCGGCCAUCCGGUUCUACACGGCGGCGCUCACGCUCAGCCGCAGGCUGGGG